UAAAGCUUUAGGCGCAGACUUAAAUUCAAGUUCAACUCCUCUCCCCGUUCUUCUCCUCUCACGUCCCCAGACAGAACCUGCAACAUAUCCAGUCGGCCACAUUCAGACCCAAACAAUCAUGUCUGAGAAAUUACCCUUCAAAGUCGCUGACAUCAGCCUGGCCGAGUGGGGCCGCAAGGCUAUCGAGAUUGCAGAGAAUGAGAUGCCGGGCCUGAUGAAGAUGAGGGAGAUGUACGGCAAGACCAAGCCUCUGAAGGGGGCCCGCAUCGCUGGCUGCCUGCACAUGACCUUGCAGACAGCCGUCCUCAUCGAGACCCUGACUGCGAUGGGGGCCGAGGUCCAGUGGUCCAGCUGCAACAUCUUCUCCACACAAGAUCACGCUGCCUCUGCCAUUGCCAAAUCUGGCGUUCCAGUGUACGCGUGGAAGGGUGAGACCGAUGAGGAAUAUGUGUGGUGCAUUGAGCAGACCAUCUACUUCAAAGACGGACAGCCCCUCAACAUGAUCCUUGACGACGGAGGAGACCUGACCAACCUGGUGCACAAGAAGUACCCCAAACUGCUCUCAGGGAUCAAGGGUGUGUCUGAAGAGACCACAACUGGCGUGCAUAACCUUUACAAGAUGAUGAAGAAGGGAGAACUGAAAAUACCAGCCAUCAACGUCAACGACUCCGUCACCAAGAGUAAGUUCGAUAACCUGUACGGCUGCAGGGAGUCUCUGAUUGAUGGCAUCAAGCGUGCCACUGACGUCAUGAUCGCUGGGAAAAUUGCGGUGGUGGCCGGCUACGGAGACGUUGGCAAGGGGUGCGUGCAAGCUCUGCGUGGAUUCGGUGCCAGGGUCAUCGUCACGGAGAUUGACCCCAUCAAUGCCCUGCAGGCCUCCAUGGAGGGCUAUGAGGUGACCACCAUGGACGAGGCAUGUAAGGAGGGAAAUCUCUUCGUGACGACCACUGGCUGUUCGGACAUCAUCAUGGGCAGACAUUUUGAACAGAUGAAGGAUGACUCUAUUGUAUGCAACAUUGGCCACUUUGACUGUGAGAUUGAUGUGGCUUGGCUCAAUGACAACGCUGAGAAAGUCAACAUCAAAGCUCAGGUGGACCGCUACCUCAUGAAGAAUGGCCGCCACAUCAUCAUCCUGGCUGAGGGUCGAUUGGUCAACCUGGGCUGCGCUAUGGGCCACCCCAGCUUUGUCAUGAGCAACUCCUUCACCAAUCAGGUGCUGGCUCAGAUUGAGCUCUGGACCAACACCAGCAAAUACCCCUUGGGCGUUUACUUCCUGCCAAAGAGGCUUGACGAGCAAGUCGCUGCCGCCCACCUGGAUAAAUUGGGAGUGAAACUGACCAAGCUGUCGGAGACGCAGGCCAGCUACCUGGGUCUGCCCAAAGAGGGUCCCUUCAAGCCGGACCACUACCGCUACUGAGCCCCAGAGCCUGGAGGCUGGCUAGACAUCCCACAGGGGAAGGGGGAGAGGGAAGGGGUAGGGACAGAGUGUGUGUGUGUGUGUGUGUGUGUGUGUGUGUGUGUGUGUGGUUGAGUCUAACUGUAUGUUGCUCGUCAGCGCCCUCCUCUGGCAACCUGCUGUGAUUUCUGCUGGUACCACAGAAAACAGCCCCCCCCCAAUCAUGUCCGAGAAGUUUUGUAACGUUAACCUUUUACCGAGAAAACAAAGAAAAUGGCAUUCCCUGUUUCGUUUAAAUUUUGGGAUGAAAAUAGAUCAUUUAAAUUAUGGAGUUGAGCCUGUAAUCUGUACACACACAGCCUCAGGUGAGCAUUACAGUGACCCCUAUGGCUAACUGUGGCCAGCAUUUUGACUGAAAGAACCAUUCCAGAAACCUUUCAAGUCCUAUUGACAUCACCUUGUCUUAAUAUCAGAGAUUCAUGGCCUAAGAAAAGUUCCUCAAUGUAACGGUUUCUGUCAAUCAUUUCUUCUUCUAUGGUCUUGGCUGAGAUGAGUGCCGCUGUUGAUUGCAGCAGAAUUUAACCCUGUGUGUCAUUUGCAUAUUGUGUGAUUUUUAUUCACUCAUUAAAAGACACAUGGAAUGGA